AGGGCGAGGGAAGGGCUUGGCAUCUCGCGCCAAAUUUCCCUGUCUAUCCCGAGCUUGGGUCUCUGGGUCGUCCCCGGCUAGCUCCCAGCGGCGGCAGAGGCCCCGAGAGCUUGGUUGUCUGGGAGAUUUCCUUCAGGAAGAAGUGGCUCUUGAACUCUUGAAGAAACAAGUGUGGUUGCCAGGCACAAUGGCUGCAAAAGUGGUCCCCAUGCCCCCAAAGCCAAAACGGUCAUUUAUACUCAGAGUUCCUCCAAAUUCAAAGCUGGGCCAAGACCUACUUCGAGAUGCCACUAGUGGACCCAAGACCAUCCACCAACUGGUGCUGGAGCACUUCCUCACCUUCUUGCCUAAGCCAAGUGUGGUCCAGCCCAGUCAGAAAGCCAAGGAAACCUUGGUUAUUAUGAAGGAUGUGAGUUCAAGCCUUCAGAAUAGAGUGUCCAGAGAAGGAGCCCAGCAGAAACAGGAACUUGCAUCUCUGUGUUCGAAAGCUGAGCCUGAGGAGCUGGUGGUCUUUGAGGAUUUGAAUGUAUUUCACUCCCAAGAGGAAUGUGUCAGCCUGGAUCUUUCUCAACAGCCCACCUCAGAGAACGAAGAAUAUGAUGUUGGAGAGAUGAUGCUUUUGGUCAACGAUAGCAAUCAUGAGGGUGACAGUCAUCAGGAGGAACCUGCAGACAAUGAAGAUUGUAGAGGAAAACAUUCAGAACGUUAUGAAAUGGAUUGUUCCUUGGCCUCUGAACAAUCUCCAGAUUGCCACAAAGAAGAAAGACUAAAUACAUUCAUUCCACAUGAAAGAAAAUUGAGGAAUCUUUUGGUUACUGUUGAAAAUGAUAUUCCGCUAGAGGAACUCUCAAAAUAUGUGGACAUCAAUGUUACUGCACUUACCCGAAAUCGGAGAACAAGGAGAUGGUACACUUGUCCACUGUGUGGGAAACAGUUCAAUGAAAGUUCUUACCUUAUUUCCCACCAGAGGACUCACACUGGAGAAAAACCCUAUGACUGUAGUCACUGUGGGAAAAGCUUCAAUCAUAAAACAAACCUUAAUAAACAUGAACGAAUCCAUACAGGAGAGAAACCUUAUUCAUGUUCUCAGUGUGGGAAAAACUUUCGUCAGAAUUCUCAUCGGAGCCGCCAUGAAGGAAUCCACAUAAGGGAGAAGAUAUUUAAGUGUCCAGAAUGUGGGAAAACCUUCUCAGGGAAUGAAGAAUUUGUGCUUCAUCUGCAGAGUCAUGAGGCUGAGAGGCCAUAUGAUUGCAAAAAAUGUGGAAGAAGAUUUGGUCGGCUGUCAAACUGUACUCGUCAUGAGAAAACUCACUCAGUAUGUAAGACCCAAAAGCAGAAGUGGGAUUGGGAAAGGUCUGAUAGUCCUGCCUCAACCUAAAAUGUUUCCCUUAGGCAUUCUGAAUUCCCAGGCUGUCUGAAAAGAUACAGGUAUGUGAAAACCUCAUCAUAGCCAAAAUCAGGUAAAUAUCCAUCUUGGCUGAAACCUCAAAUUAUUAAAAAAUUUACAGGGAAGAAAACAUCCUCAAGGGCUAUACCUCAUUUAGCAUCCAGACUUUUUGGACUAAGGAGCUUUCUUUUGUGAAGUCAUACGAUAAUAUACAGAUCCGUUUCACAAGAAAGACUUUGAACCUGAGUCUGGAGGCUGCUUAGCUGCAAGGUAAACAGAAUGAUUCAUCCUCACUGAAAAUAUAUCCAUGAGAAUCUACACUUGAGAAAAGUAGAAAUAAUGUAAAGGUCCCUAUCUGGUACCAUAUUCUCCUGAAAGAACCAAACUACUGAUUUGUUCAGCCAGCAGCAGUUCAUAUAACCCUUUAAGAACAACCUGUUAAAGCUUUCGCGUUGCAAGGGAUUGUUUACUUUGGAUUAUAGAAAAACUACAGCAACUGAAUGUCAAAGACUUACUCCGUCGUUUUUCAUUGAAACUAACACUUUAAAUAACAUUUGCAAUUUGUGAUGAAAAUUGAAUUUUACAGAAUCCUUUGAGAACAUAAAGUGUCUGCUGUUCUUACUGUGUUUUGUCCGACCGUUUAAAAUCUCUCAAACAGCUGUCUCUCAACUCUGAACAGUACGUCUCCCAUGCAGAAAGAAAUUUGAUCACUCAGGCCCGGCCACCCAGCCCCACUACUCAAAAAGCUCUUCAGUAUCCUGCCCCUCUGCUGAGCAAAGAUCUUACCUGCUAAGAAGGAAACUAAGAGCAUGAAGAGGAAGGACAGACCUAGAGACAAGAAGAAGUUACUUGGAUCCAUGGCUGUGAAUAGCCUCAACAUAUGCUUAAUCCCCCCCUACAUGGCCACCAGGCCUUUGGCAGUGGGCUGCUCACUACCUCACAAGGCAAUGUGUUUUAUUUUUAGAAAUUACAUCUCUAGUGAUUAGCUCAUGUUGCAUCUCAUGAGACAAGAUUCCAUGUGUCUUCAGUGUAGUGAAUAUUUGUUAUUGUCACUGGUGUCCUUAUGUCCAGGCCCUCCUGAGGUAUCUGCCCAGAGGCAAGGCCAGUGGUGUCUUCACGGGACUGACUUGGUGUGGUUUGAGGCAUUCUUGAUCAGUUUUGCUUGUUUGAGGCUUCCCAAAGUUUUACACUGGGAUUUAAUUGUGAUUGGGUUAAUCUUAUACACCAUUUGAGAAAGAUUGUAAACUUUACAGAUUUUGUUCCCCAUCCAGAAACAUGCCUUUCCAUUUAUUAGAGUCUUAUAUUCCUGAGUAAAGUUUUCUCAUUUUCUACAUGUAAGUCCUAUACAAUUGUUAUUGUAAAUAGUUUUUAUCCUUUAUAUUUUUCUAUUUGGUUAUUGCUCUUACACAGCAAACUUAUUUUUAAUUAUAUACUUGUGUAACCAGCCACCUCACUGAAUAUUACUAAUUUUCAAUGACUUCUUGACCUUGUUCUCUGUUAUAAUUAGUGUAAAAUUAUACCAUCUACAAAUAAUAGUUUUGUUUCUUCCUUUCUGCCUGUUUGUUGUUGUUUUAAUAUAUUGUUCUAAGUUGUUGUUUUGGUACAAAGCAUAUUAAAAGAAGAAAGUUUAACAAUACAAUUCAGUACUGAUUCCUAACUUAAAAAAAACAAAAACCCUUAAAGGCCAUAUAAAAACUGCCCUUUAAGGACUUUGUAUUUCAAGGCAAUAACACCCUGUAAAAUCAGGAACAAAACAGGCUACCAGCAACAUUAUUCUCCUUUACCCUCAGGGAAGUCUGGCCAGUGUGCUAGGAAAUAGGACAGGGAUCUGAGUCGUCUGUGUUAGGAGUGGCCAGCCAAACGGUUCUAACAACCUGUAGAUCACCCAUCCGCAUUGAGUCCCUGGGGUGAAAUUGCUAUGUUGCCUGCCCAAGGGCUGGGCAGCAGUGGCCUAGACUCCUCAAGGUGCCUUUUAAAAAGAAAGUGUGGCGGUAGGUGAUACUACCAUGGCCCAAGCAUACUUCCCGCUCCCCCGCCCCCCCACUGGAGAGUGGCUGGCAGUUGGCCAAGUGUCCUUUGUCCCUGGCAAUGUGGUGGUAUGCAGGAGGGUGCGAGGCUGUGAGGUGAAGGUUGCUGGCCCUGGCCUGCCACCUACUGUCCCCCAAGGGUGGGAUGAAGCUGGGCCAGCCUGAUUUCUGCACACUUGACUCACCAGGAGCCCUGGUGGCUCAGCAGUUAAGAGCUCAUAUGUUAAGCAAAAGGUCGACAGUUUGAAUCUACCAGCUGCUCCUUGGAAACCCAGUGGGGCAGUUCUACUCUGUCUUGCAGUGUGGCUAUGAGUCAGGAUCGACUCGGUGAUGGGUUUGGUUUUUUUUGACCCAGAGGAGUUGCUCAGACCCUGAGGAGAAUCCACAAGUAGAGGAAUUAGGCAGGGGAGAUGGAGGGACACGUGCUUCUCCCCGCAUCAGAGCUCCUGCCCAGGAGCAUCCCUAGGAGUGCAAGAUCAGGGAAGAUGACCUUGGAUGAGGAGCCUCUCGCAAACAAGAACUCUUGAGAAACUGUUAGACGAGUAAGUGCACACAGUAAGCGUGAUAACCAGUAAAAUGAAGAAACAAAGAUGAAUAGUUUUCCAGCAGGAGUCAGAAAAUGCGGUUAACCAAAGCUCUGAUUUCAACAACAAACCCAUUGCCAUCAAGUCAAUUCCAACUCCUAGUGGCCCUAUAAAAAAAAAAAUAAAAAAAAUUUUUUUUUUUUUCUAUAGCAACUACAAAUUGAAAGCAUGCAUUCAAUAAA